GAGUCCUGGUCGGUAAAAGAAGCGAGAACUUGCUGCUCAGUCGGAGUCUUUCAAUUGUUAUUGUCGCUUUUAAAAAAGCUUUAAUUCACUUAAAGUUCGGCUCCGCGGCGCUCAAAGUGCCAGAAAAGUGUUUCCUCGGAGAACAUGGAAGUCCAGGGCCUGCAAGAGGCGCUCCAAGUGGAGAUCCAAUGUCAUCAGGUAAGUGAAACAUCGUGUUGUUGGAGAGAGUGAGCCGGAGGAGAGGAGGCAGCUGACGGGGAACUAUGCGACAUGUCGCCGGCUACCGUCCUCUGGUCACCCGCCGCCUCCUCCGGGGCUCAUUGUGUGACUUUUAGCGGCACUUUGAGCAUCUUGUCGCGGCUUUUGGCUCUUUGUCGCGGCAGGAAUCGGACGAUAAUGCGGCGCUGCUGCUGUGAGUCGAUCCGGACGCGACCUGAAUAUUUAUGAGCAGCUGCGAUCAUCGCCGCUUUGUUUCCUCCCGGAAAACUUGAGACUUUUCUGGAUCCCGGUUCUCCUCCAGCCGACUAGUUGCACCGAUGAAGCAGGAGCCGCAGAAUCCCACGUUGUGUAAAGGCCUCAAUGAACUCCAGAACGGACAGAAGCUGGCGAUCAGAACUUGUCCUGUCGGUUCAACUAAGCCUCUGUCACUCAUCAAACCGUCCAAUCAGGGCAUCUCCAUCUCCGUGGUUCCCGCCAAGACUCCCGUCUCCAUGGUGACGGCACACAUCAACGGACAGAAGGCGGCGAGUUCGGAGCAGACGACCCCGAUCAACCUGCAGACGUUCAGCAGCCGGAGAGCCACAGAGCUGCCCCCCUCCCAGAUGCUGGGAACUCUUACUGCUGUUCCCAUUAAGGUGCCUCAAGUCAGUUCCCUGCACCGGCUGGCAGGACAAGCAGCCACUGUGCUACCUCAGGUCAGGCCAAAGACCCAGAUCCCGGACAGCCUUCCCCUGGUUCCCCUCCAGGAGCUGCAGCCGUCCGGCCAGCAGAGAACGGCGGUGGUGAGCCCUAAAGGCCCCACGCUGCCCACCGCCAAUAGCACCUUCAGCCCCGACCGGCAGCCCAACGGACAGAGCGACGCCUCGCCGUCGUGGGGUUCCGACUCCGGAGGCUCCGCCCAGCACGCCUCAGCCGGACCCGGCGUCGCCUACGCCAUCAUCGCUGCCUCGCCCGCCGCCGGGAACGGGGUAUCGUCGGUCAGCGAAGCCGUGAAGGUGAUCAUCAUCCAGCCUCAGACUCCCAGCAGCACCGACGGGCCUCCAGGGGGCGACGUCCCUCAGGAUGCCCAGAAGAAGGACGAGGACCCUGAGAAAAUCGCCUUCAUGGUUGCCCUCGGCCUCGUCACCACAGAACACCUGGAGGAGAUCCAAACCAGGAGGCAGGAGAGGAAGAGGAGAAGCACAGCCAACCCGGCCUACAGCGGCCUGUUCGAACCCGAGCGGAAACGUUUGGCGUCUCAUUACCUGAACAGCUCUCUGUUCCUGUCAGCUCGAGACUCUGAGGACUUCUGCUGGAAGGAGGACUUGGAGCAUGACGACCACUGUGCCAUCUGUAAGGAGGAUGGUGAGCUACAGCUUUGCCACAACUGCCCCCGAGCCUUCCACCCCAACUGCCUCCACCCUCCACUAAAAACGCCCCCCAGAGGCCCCUGGUACUGCCCCAAGUGCCAGAAGAAGGUUCUGAACAAAGAAAACAUGUCGUGGCCUCAGAAUUUCGUCCAGUCAUACGUCACACACAAGACAGUGCGACAGGAGGAGAAACGGCGGCUGCUGAGGAGAAACACUGAGCUGAAGAAGGAGUGUGUUCACCUGGAGGAACAAGACAAGAAGCUCAACCUGAUGCUCCAGCACUGCGUGGACCUGCGGGACCACCUCUUGGGGCAGCAGAGGGACACUCAGGCGUCUCUGGAACGCCUCAAAGCUCUCAUCAGGCUGAUCCAGCGCGACCAGCUGAUCCAGGUCACCAUGACGACCACCGCCACCAUUGCCGCCUCGCUGCUGUCCCCAUCCUGGAUCAAACCCACCAGCGCCGCCACCGGCCCCUCGGCCCCGCCCCUUCAGAGCAGUCAGGAUGACGUCACUAACUAGCCCCGCCCCCUGGCCGUUUGUGUUGAAUAUCCGGACUGAGAGCCUCUAUCUCCACUGAGUAUUUUUAAACACCUACAGUGCUUACGAGAUUUCUUUUUUAAGUUCUUUUCUAUUUAUUCUUGGCCUUAAUGUAUUUAAAAGUUAGAGAACAGCGCCGCCACAGGCCCAGAAGAUAUUCCCUUUUUCUAACCAUUGUUCUGGUGUAGUGAGAGAACGUAGAGUAGAACUAGUAGAGAACUGUACAGAUCUAUCCCUCUGUCUGCCAUAAGAAUUCAGGUGUAUGGAAAUGCAUACGAGCCUUCAAACAAAACAGAGAAUAACCUUUUUCAGUAUUAAUAGAGUCAAAGAAAAAGUAUUUAAGAUAAAAGUACAGAAAUUAGCAUUUCUAGUGGAGAUUUUAGUAUUUUCAUGCUGAUGCCUGAUCACUGUACAUACGUUUAUUAUUCUCAUUCUUCUCAUCUUUACUGGAGUCACACAGCUGGAGUUCAGUCAGAAAGCUGCUUCUCUGCCUCAGAAACCAGAAAAAACACCUGAAAUAUCACAGUUUAACAGCAGAGAGCAUCCAGGUUUCACUAGUAAAACUUUAUCUGUUAAAUCAGCGGUGUCAGACUCAUUCUAGUCCACAUUCCAGUAAAACCACAGCAUAAUAACCCAGAAAAAACCUAUAAAGAACCUAUAAAUAACCACAACUUCUAAGGGUUCCUCUGUUUUAGUGAAAAAAUGUUCACAUUAAAGGAAUUAUCUUUUCACUAAACAUCAUGAACAACCUGAAAUUCCUAAAGAAAAUAUGUUCAGCCUCAGUUUAUCAUUUCCACAUCACAACUUCCAGAUCACAGAGUGUCUACAAAGGAACACAACAUUUAGUCACCUGGAACCAGAGAGGAUUUACUGGAGGAUCACAACCACAAACAUCAGACCAAAAAACAACAAAGACAAGACAAAAUAUUACAAAAUGAGACACAAAACGACAAAACAUGAGACAAAGGACACAAAACAAAACACAAAAGAGACAAAAAUGAAAAACACAAGAACCAAAACAAACAAAUGAGACAAACAACACAAAGCAAAACAAAAAAGACAAAAAAUGACAGAAAAAUGGACAAAUGACACGAACAAGGCAAAAACGACAAAUUAAAACACAAAAUGACAAAAAUAAGAAAAAAACACAAGCGAGACGACAAAAACGAGGAACAAAAUGACAACAGUCAGACGAGAAAAGAAAACAAAAUCAAGACAAAAUAUUACAAAAAUAAGACACAAAAUGAUAAAAGUGAGAAACAAAAUGAGAAAAGCGAGACAAAAACAAAAGAAACAAAAAAUUAGACAAAAAGUUACAAAACAAGAAAACAAUGAACAAAAACUAAACACAAAACUGACAAAAGCAAGAAACAAAACAGCCUCUGGAGGGCCGGUUUCAGACCCUCUGGAGACCCAGGUUGGACCCUCACGCCUCGUGUUUGACACCCCUGGUUUAAAGGUACAAAAACUCCUGGAAAGUUAUUGAAGCAACAUGAAUGUUUGUGGCUGUCUGAGCUGUAAAUCCUCCUGACCUGUGAUCCACAUAUCGAUGAGGAGCUCCAGGGUUGAGGUUCCUGCAGCAGAGAAGCUCCUGAGGCCCAGCGUGGUCCUCCCUUUAACCAGAACAGAAAAUAUGCCAAAAAACUCUUUGUUUUUCUGCUGGACUCCAUCUCCUGUUUUUUUAUCCACUUUCUAACAGCUGUGACGAACACUGCCUCAACUCAUCGUCUCGUCACGUUUGUCUUUGUUGCGUCGUUUCAGGACAGAAAUGCGACGCCUCCGUGGAACUACAACACUCCGACUGUCGGUGGACCGCCUGGUGCUGUCGGUUCCACCCGGUUCUGUCGGUUCCGCUCGGUUCCAUCAGUCCAUCCGUCUCGCUCGUCUUCCUGUUGGUCUGGAGGCGUCUCACUUCCUGUCUGACUCAUCCUGUCCUCACCUGUCGGCCAGGUGCAGCUCUGCUACCUGCUGAUGCACAAACAUGAACAAAUGGUGGAAAGAUGCCUUCAAGAAGAAAAGAUUUGAUUUAGAAUCAAAGAUUUGAUUUAGAACCAUAUCAGAACCAGUUCCGACUUUCAGACAAACACCAAGAAGAACCAACAAACACCAACAAAGAAACACCAACAAACACCAACAAAGAAACACCAACAAAGAAACACCAACAAACACCAACAAAGAAACACCAACAAACACCAACAAACACCAACAAAGAAACACCAACAAAGAAACACCAACAAACACCAACAAAGAAACACCAACAAAGAAACACCAACAAAGACCAACAAAGAAACACCAACAAAGAAACACCAACAAACACCAACAAAGAAACACCAACAAACACCAACAAAGAAACACCAACAAACACCAACAAAGAAACACCAACAAAGAAACACCAACAAACACCAACAAAGAAACACCAACAAACACCAACAAACACCAACAAACACCAACAAAGAAACACCAACAAAGAAACACCAACAAACACCAACAAAGAAACACCAACAAACACCAACAAAGAAACACCUACAAGAACCAACAAGAACCAACAAACACCAAAAAACAUAAAAAAGAACCAUUAAGAACCAACAAACACCGACAAACAAACAAGAACCAUUAAGAACCAACAAACAUCAACAAACACCUACAAAAUGUUUCUGAAAGGGGGGAGUCGGUCGACGCGUUGAAAGACUAGUGAUCUGUUCAAAGACUUGCGAUGCAUUCAAAGACUCAUGAUGCGUUCUAAGACUCGCAAUGCAUUCCAUGACUCAUGGUGUGUUCAGGUGUUUGUCUGUAAAGUCCGCUCUGCUGCUACAAACUGAAGCUCCUUAAGUUUGUGCGUCUUUAGUCCAGCAGUAAACUCAACAGACAGCAGAUGUUUGGUUUGAAACAUCUGGUUUCCGUAAAACUGCAGAGAAAAGAUCCAUCAGCUGAUCUUCAGGGUGAGAACAUGAAAGAAGAAAAACAUCCAGAACCUCCAGGGUUCCUCUUAAAGCUGCACAAACCUCCAGACUUCAGCCUCAAACCAACACUUCAUCACCUCCAUCUUUAAAAUGCACAAGAAUCAUUCAUCUGCUGUUCAGGUUCCAGAGUCUGGAAGAGCUGAAGGUUCCACAGAACAUCACAAGCUUCUUCAUUCACCUGCAAAUGACUCAGAUUAAACACAAUAAACUCUUUUCUCCACUAGAAGCUUCAAUAUUAGAAGCUUUGACUCAUUUUUUUGUGUUUUCGAGGAUUUGUUGUCAGAAUUUUUGGAGCAUUUUUUUUUUUUUAAAUUCCCAUAAAAUUUUUAGUUACUUUGGAGACAUUUUGAAUCAUUUCUGGAAAAAAAUCAGUCAUUUUUUGACAGAUUCAAUUAUUUUGGACAAAUUUUUAGUAAUUCCUUAACCAAAUUUCAGUCAUCAUUUGGCAAAUUUUUGAGUCAAAAAAUGUCAAGAAAAAGUUUCAUUAUUUUGAACAAUUGUUUCUGAACUAUUCUAGUUCCAUUUGGAGUCAGUUUUGUACCAUUUUUUGUAAUUUUGAACAAAACUUUAGUUAUUUUGGAUCAUUUUUUGUUCAUUUUGAAACAGUUUUUAGUCAUUUUGUUUUUGAGUCAGUUUUGACCAAACUUUGAGUCUUUUUGGGAGAAUCUGGGCUCACUUCUAGACUAAAUGUUAGUUUUUUGGGACAUUUUGGACAAACUUUGAGUCUUUUUCUUGGCUUUUUUACUCCUUAAAUUGGUUUCUACUGAAAGGUUGCGUAUUUCCUGUUAGAUCCGGACACUGUGACGCUGUUCUGUUGGUUUAUUUGUUAUAAACCUUCCAGACUCUGGACCUCCGGCUGCCUUCUCUCGUCCCGGUGGUCUGAAUGUGCCAUGACUGAAGCAUAUCCAUGAAGAUCAUAUCUCCCAACCUCCUCAUCGUUUCUAGAACUCUUCUCCGGGAGAAACUGUGCAGUGCUUAAACAGAUCUAUUUUAAUACACGACACGACAUUUGAACAAAAAGAACAUUUUAUAUUCUUUUAUGAACGUCGGGGUUUUCUAUUCCUUUCUGCAUUCUGACUUUAGCUCGCAGCGUUCGACGUUUUGUUUUUGCCACAGAGGCGACGACGCGACGGCCGUGUUUAGAGGAAAUGUCUAGAAGUGUCUCUGGUUGGAGCUGUCCAGUGGAUAGUGUGUAUAGGAAGUGUUUGUCUGAAUAUGCCAACGUAGUUUCUCUUCUUUAUGACGCAGGAAACAGCUGAUUAAAGAUUAGUCUCACUUUUGUACCAAGUUCUUACGAAAAAUGGAUCAUUAAUAAAACUAAUUCAAGAACAAA